AUGCUAGACCAGAAGAACAUCCAGGGUGAUACCUGGCCUCGCCUGCCCAAGAAGGCUGAGAAAUUUGUCUUCUUUCGAAUUACGAAUCCGGAAGAGUUCAAGAAGGCACUACCAACGAUGGCCGAUUUUAUCACUACAGCCGAUAUAGCCCUGAAGAACCGUACCGAUAUCUUCAAAAAGAAAGCCGAAGGUACUCUUAAUGGUAUCAUCCAUUUGGUAUCAAUGAACAUUGCUUUCUCGGCUAAUGGCCUGGCUAAGCUUGGGGCGGAAAAGUUCGACGAUGACAUCUUCAACGGUGGCCAGUUCAAAGACAUGACCUUCCCGGCGGAAGGCGAGUCAGCUGAGAAUCACAAAGGCCUCGAUCCUCAGGAGGAGUGGGUCAAUGAAUUCAAGCCCAGCAGUGGUGGCAUUGACGGUGUUCUCACUGUGGCUGGUGACAGUCUCCCGAGUAUUGAAAAAAUGAUCCGUAAGACAUUUGAUUGGGUCUUCAAUGUCGGCAAUGACAAGCAAAGUAUUAAACAAGUCUAUACCAGAGAAGGCAUAGUCUUCGACAGGCAUCUUGAGCACUUCGGAUGGGUGGAUGGUAUUAGCCAGCCGAUUGUUAAGGGCUUGGACGAUAUUUCGAACACAAAGGACAACAGAGGAAUGGCACCGGUAGAUCCCGGAGUUAUCUUUGUCGGACAUGAGGGCGAUGAAAGCAAGACUCCCGCAUGGGCCAAGGACGGUAGCUUCAUGGUCUUCCGAAUCUAUGAGCAGCUAGUUCCCGAAUUCUACCAACAUACUAACUUUCUGUACCUAGCUGGUGUGCUGAGAAUUGCCCCAUUGCCGCGGCAGACACCAAAAACUCCAUCGAAAAGGGAGAACAGGUCAAGUGGUCUGACAAGGCUAUGGAUCAAAUGGGCCUAUUUUCCUCGCGAUUGGUGGGACGGUGGCCCGAUGGUUAGCAUUUCCGUGCAGGAAUCAUAUUCUGCUCCUAACUCAGUACUCAUGAUACUGAUCAAUUGCGACGCAUUAGGUGCCCCAAUGGAGCUUCAUCCCCAGACGGACCCCAACUGGUCCGUAAACAAAGGACAGUACGAAGCGAGCGCGCUCAAGACGAUGAAUAACACCGACAACUUCAACUAUAACCCCGCAGACCAAACGAAAUGUCCUUAUGCCUCCCACAUGCGCAAGACUGGUCCUCGGGAUGACUAUCCGGAUUACACCAAGCACGUAAUGAUGCGCCGAGGAAUUCCUUAUGGACCAUGGUGUGACGGAAAGGAACGGGCAGGUGGAUUCACGGAGAAAGAACGUGGCUUGCUGUUUGUUAGUUACCAGAGCAGCAUUGAGAAUGGGUUCGUCACGCAGCAAAAACGGUGGGCAAAUACUUCUGAUGGUCCAACGGACAUGGCGAAGCACUCUGGAGGUGCUAGCCAGGGAAUUGACCCUCUUAUUGGUCAAGUACAUCCAAGCCGGAAUGGCAAGAAUGCAGGUGUUCAAAUCGCUGGGGAGAGUACAGGUGUUCGGGUCAAUGCCAAGUACGAAGAUGCUCCUCAGAUUCCCUUCCCUGACUCGGACCUUGAUAAGCCUGCUUCCCAGGUCCAAGAUAAAACUGUUGCGCUGGACAGGCUGGUUAUUCCGCAUGGUGGUGAAUACUUCUUUACCCCCUCACUUUCUGCGUUGAAAAAUUAUUUGCCCAACGCCUAG